CAUAAUUGGGUCAGCUUGUUCAUCCUUAAAAGAUGCCAGAGAUAUUCCUCACAUUGGUGUUACGGAAGCACUUGAGUGGAUGUGAGGCCCAAAUGGCUAACGUUUUACAACACUGGCGACAAUUGGAUGCAACCGGUAUAGUUGUAUUUCGCGUCUAUCCCUGAGACUAGUUGUUAUUGGUGCAAGUAGUAAAUUGGUUAUCACUCUUACUGAACAUGCUUGCAUCUCAAGUACAAGCUGUAGGGCAGGUAAGGGAAAUAAAGCUGUCAUCUUGGUUAUGGACCUUAUAAGCACAGGUACAAAUUUGGCUACAAUAGGAUGCAUUCUGUGCUAACUGCAAUUACAGUACUUAAGAGCAAUGACAAGUAUGUAGUAGGUCAGGUGAGGUAGAUGAAUUGAAGUGUUAUUGAUUAAAAUAUUUACAUCCAAAUGACAGAAUGGUGUAAAAGUUACAGGAGUGCUGUGAUUAUAAACAAAACUGGAUGUGGGGACUUUUUAUUUGUGGAGAAGACCAACAGCAGCUGCACAUCACAACCUUGUGUGUUGGAAGAGUGGAUCCCUUGCUGCAAACUUGGCCAUGUAGCCUAUUCCAUAUCACCUUAUAAUGUCAUGUCCACUGGCAUGGCCUGAUAUGAGCCUAUUUAUUGGAGAAGAGUAGAGAGGAAAGGAGCUGGAAAUGGCGAAGGAAAAUAAACUGAUUAACACCACAGUGGAAAAAGUGGGAGUCUGAACUGUUAUAAACCAGUGUGGAUCACGUGGGGCCCGGAUGACCCUGUAGUCCCAGGACUGAGUCAGGGUGUGAGCCAUGCUCAUGCUCCUUCCUUCCUCAGCAGCCUUCAUAUAGGAGAGCUGAUGAAGAGCAAGGCAGAGACGGACACCAUCAAGACUCCCUGACCCUUCACUGUCCAACACCAUCUAACUAGAAGGAUGGCACUUGCCUUGUUAACCAUCUUGACUGCUAUCCCAGUGGCUUACUGUUAUCCAACUGCCUUUCAGGACCUGGAGCUAAAUGGCCCCAAAAACAGAAGCUCCAUAAAGUUCCUUGCAGUUGGAGACUGGGGUGGUGUGCCUCAGCCACCUUAUAUCACUCCUGUGGAGAAGGCUACGGCCCGGGAAAUGGGCCGAGUAGCGGAGCAGAUGGGAGCAGACUUUAUUCUGGCCCUUGGCGAUAACUUCUACUACACAGGAGUGGGCAGUGUGGAUUCUCCUAGGUUUAAGGAUACCUUUGAGUCUGUGUAUACAGCCAAGUCUCUCCAGGUCCCCUGGUAUGUGAUUGCUGGCAAUCAUGACCACGCGGGGAAUGUCAGAGCUCAAAUGGAGUACAGCCGCAAGUCUAGUAGAUGGCGUUUCCCUUAUUACUAUUAUGAGCUGAACUUCCGUAUCCCCAACACCAAGAAAACCUUGAGCAUCAUAAUGCUGGAUACGGUGAUGCUGUGUGGCAACUCUGAUGACUAUGAGGAUGAGAAGCCCAGAGGCCCCCUGCACGCGGUGGAUGCCAACCGUCAGCUGACCUGGCUACAGGGCCGACUGGCCCAGUCCAAGGCAGACUUCCUGCUGGUGGCCGGCCACUACCCGGUGUGGUCUGUGUCAAAGCACGGCCCCACAGAUUGCCUGCUACAGAGACUCCGCCCCCUGUUGGUUAAGUACAAGGCCACUGCCUACCUCUGUGGUCAUGACCACAACCUGCAGUACAUCAAAGAAGCUGGUGUGGGCUAUGUGGUAAGUGGUGCUGGAAACUUCCUGGAUCCUGAUGUUCGUCACUGGCACCACAUUCCCAAGGAUUCAAUAAAAUUCUUCACUGGCCAAGCCUCAACAAUGGGUGGCUUUGUCCAUGCAGAGGUCACAAAAGACAAGCUGAUCCUAACCUUCAUCCAGGCUAAAGGCACAUCUCUCUACCGCACCGUCCUGCCCCAACGCGAUAUGGAGCAGACUGGCCAGACAUAGAAAUGCAUUUUUAUAGUGUUGUAUGCACCUGGUUGAAGAUGGUGGGUUUAAAAAAAAAAAAAAGGCAUUGGCACUUAAUCAGUUGUGAUUUUUAAAAAGUAUGUGCAAGAUUUUAUCAUGUAAAGAAAAUAAAA